AUGGAGCUUAUUCUCGACGCAUUUGACGCGUCGGCCUCUACCCUCAGGGCCCAGUACGAGCGGCUGCGGCAGUUGAAGGAAGAGGGUGAGGAUCGUGACGUCAAGAUGGAUGCCUUUCGUGCACUGCAUGAUUCUUUUUUGUCACAUACAGAAAAGAUGACGCGCGAGUUGGAUGCUCUUCAGAGCGACGAGGAGCGGGAGGCCGACGACAUUGAGGAGGAGGUGGCCGAGCUGGAGGCGGAGCUGCUGAUGCUCACUGAAAUGGCAGAAGGCCGUGACGCCGGUGGACGCGCUCUUCCUCCUCCAGCGUAUGCGUCUGUAGAAGUAUACACAGCCUUCGCGAUGCACCUGGGUGACUUUGUGGCGAGGCUGACGACCCUGCGGGAUGCCCUGCGGGGCCUACUCUCGCACCCCCAUCCGUUGGAGGCAGGUGGUUCUUCUCUCAUCACAUGGUGUGGUGUUAUGAACAGAAACGCGUGGGCAGAGAAGGAAUGUGAACUUGACUCAGCCUGGAGGGACUUGGAGGGCAAAGCUGGGGCUCUCGGCGCGACGUCGCAGGACGCUUUUAUGAGUGGUGCGCGGGGUCUCCUUGACGAGGUGUUGGCUUUAGGAAAGCGUGCCGUUGGCCUGGUAGUGAAUCUGCAGCGGUCUCAGGAAAGGAGGGAGAAAGCGGUGAGUCAGAUGGAAGGGCAUCAGCGUCGCCUCGUCGUUUGGUGCCGCCAGCAGCAGGUAAACCUUGACGUUCUACGUGAUCCGUGUCACAUUAAAGAGUUCUGCACGUCGCUUCUGGAACACUACAAAACCAUGUCGACUAAUUAUAGAGUUUUGUUGGAGUCAGCGGAGCCUGUUUUGGAGAGCGAGGCAGUGCAAGAGAGACUGCUGGAGGCAAAUGAGACUUGGGUGCAUUUGCAGGUUAACGCUCUUGAGAGACUGCGACAUACACUGUUUGAAGUGUAUGCGGAGACUCUAUUAGAAGAAAAUGUGGAGGAACACAGAAGUUUUGGUUCGCAGGUGGGUCCUUUUCUCGAGGAGCUGCAUAAUUCCCUCGUGGCCACACGUGACACGGCAUCCCCCCUGCAUGAGCGUUGUGCGCAGCUCAUAGAGGAGUGUCUGUCAUUGCAAAAAUUACUGCCAGAGCAUGACGAGUUAUGUAAAAAUCUUCUUGGCUUUGGGGAUCGCGUGCGAAUGAUGCGGGAGGCGUAUGCGUGUUUUCGGGCCGCAGCACUUUCCCGGGUGACGUAUUUGUCGUCGUCCGCUGAGGUGUUGGCGGAGGCGGCGCGCCGCAAGGAGGAAUUCGAAGGUUGCGUAGAAGAACUAAAAAUGUGGACAGAUAAUAAAGCACGAACCGAUACCUGGCGUGAUGUCCGGGAAAAGGUGCGUGACAUUAGGGCACUGUUGGAACGAGAACAUCAAUUUAUAGAUCAGGACCGAAAGAAAGAGGAAUAA